GGGACAUAAUUAGCAUCUAAAUGUUUUUGUGACACACACAUAUCAUUUCUCCUUUAUUUUUAAUUAUAACCAAUAAUAUAAUUAAGAGAAAAUAAAGAGAAAAUAGAUCUCAUCGUGAGAUAACGCACGACCAUCGACAGCCAUUUCCGAUGAAGCUUCCGAGCUCCGACGACAUUUCUGACGAAGCUUCGAGCUCUGAUCUGCAUUUCCGACGAGGCUUCAUAGAUUUGAUCUUCAAUCAGUUAUUAAAUCGAUCUCUUUCUCCAGAAAUUUCCAAUUUCUUCAUCUUCUUCUUCACCAAUUUUGUUGACAAAAUUAGACGAGUACUGUUGUUUAAUGGCGUUCUUCUUCACCAUUGUUGUUUACUGUUGUUUAAUGGCGUUCAAUUUGUGAAUUGAUUCGUGAAUUUGUUGAUUCAAUUGAUUUUCAACACCUAUGACAUAUUUGCCUCUUUGAAUCGAUUUUGAACAGCUACUCUUGUUAUCUCAGGAAUGUACCAUCCACAAACAUGAAAAAACGAGCCUAAUCUCUGAAAUAAUUGUAUGGUGUAGAUAUGGUGGAGAUAUACUCUGUUUGUGGGAAGUGGAAACAAAAUGAAAAGCUUCAGUGGGAUUUCUUAGUAGACACAGAGAAAGGUGGAUCCCUUUGUGAGGUAGAUGAGAAUAUUUCAUACAAGGGAUUAGUUGAGAGUGUUAUUGAAAAUUUCGGACUUGAGUGUUUAGUCAAAGAUAUUUCUCUUAGCUAUGAACUUCCCCCAAAGCUGAUGUUAGAAGAUUCUCUACCAAUACAUGUUCGGAAUGAUCGUCAAGUUUGCACUUUCAUCAAGAAGAAACAAGGAGAUCCUGAAAUAAUUCGUUUGUGUGUAACGGAACUUCAUCGAUCAACUGGAAGUGACAUCUCAUUUUUUGUGCCACCAAGUGAUACAUGUUCAUUGGCUGAAAAAGGACAGGGCAAUGAUUCAUUAUUUUUGCCUCAUGCUCGAGAUUCUGCUGUGAUUCCUAUAGGAAGUUCACAUUCAACGGCUGCACAAGAAAAUCAGAAGGAACCUCAUCCUUUAGUUGGAACUUCUUCUAUCUCUGCUGCACAUGGAAUCCAGAAGGACAAACCGUCAUAA